AUGAGGAGGUGCCGAAUUAGUUUAGGAGGUACGGUGUUCGCCCUGGCCGGACAAAAUUUCACAGAUGUUCGUCUAAGCCAUGAGGAGUGGCCAAAGCACAAGGCUGAGAUGCCGUUCGGGCAGUUGCCAGUUCUCGAAGUUGACGGCAAGAAGUUGCCUCAGUCGUACGCCAUCGUUCGCUAUUUGGCGAGACAAUUCGGUUUUGCGGGCAAAUCUGCCUGGGAGGAGGCUCAGGUAGACGCAAUCGCCGACCAACACAAGGACUUCCUCAACGAAGUCCGUCCAUACUUCAUGGUCCUCAUGGGAAUGAGUAAAGGCGACGCGGACGCUAUGGUGAAAGACGUGUUCGAGCCAGCACGUCAGAAGUACUUCACCAUUAUUACAAAGAUUCUCAAGGAAAACAAAACUGGAUAUCUUGUCGGAAAUUCGCUGACGUUUGCUGAUCUCUACGUGGCCGAGAUGACCACUUUCUUGGAGAAGCACCCACAGCUCUACGACGGCUUCCCAGAG